AUGUUCUUCUUGAUCAGGGGAGGGAGACGCGUGCGGCGGAGUUGUGGCGGAAUAGAGGCGGAGCAGCCUGGAGCAGAGAAACCGCAGAGCAGGUCGCCGGUCGCCGCCUCGCCGGUCGAGAAGAGGAGGGAGGAUCGCCGGGCCUUGGUCGCCGGUCGAGAAGAGGAGGGAGGAUCGCCGGGCUGGUCGUCGCUCGAAAAGAAGUGGGAGGUCGCCAGCAGCAGCAAACGAAGGACGAAGCAGCAGCAGCAAACGAAGGACGAAGCGGCCGAUGAUUUAGGGUUGUGCUUUUGA